AUGCAAAUUCAUCCAUAUUUUCUUCCGAUUUUUCUGUUUUUUUGUACAAAAUGCAAAUUCAUCCAUAUUUUCUUCUUUCAUAUUUUAUGUUCUUUUUGUACAAAAUGCAAAUUCAUCCAUAUUUUCUUCCGAUUUUAUGUUCUUUUUGUAUUUUCAUCCAUGUUUUUUUUUUUACAAAAAUGCAAAUUGAUCCAUAUUUUCUUCCGAUUUUAUGUUCUUUUUUACAAAAUGCAAAUUCAUCCAUAUUUUCUUCCGAUUUUAUGUUCUUUUGUACAAAAUGCAAAUUCAUCCAUAUUUUCUUUUUUGUACAAAAUGAUUUUAUGUUUUCUUUUUUUUGUACAAAAAUGCAAAUUUUUCAUCAAUAUUUUUUCUUCCGAUUUUAUGUUCUUUUUGUACAAAAUGCAAAUUGAUCCAUAUUUUCUUCCGAUUUUAUGUUCUUUUUGUACAAAAUGCAAAUUCAUCCAUAUUUUCUUCCGAUUUUAUGUUCUUUUGUACAAAAUGCAAAUUCAUCAAUAUUUUCUUCCGAUUUUAUGUUCUUUUGUACAAAAAGCAAAUUCAUCAAUAUUUUCUUCCGAUUUUAUGUUCUUUUGUACAAAAUGCAAAUUGAUCCAUAUUUUCUUCCGAUUUUAUGUUCUUUUGUACAAAAUGCAAAUUCAUCCAUAUUUUUCUUCCGAUUUUAUGUUCUUUUUGUACAAAAUGCAAAUUCAUCCAUAUUUUCUUCCGAUUUUAUGUUCUUUUGUACAAAAUGCAAAUUCAUCCAUAUUUUCUUCCGAUUUCAUGUUCUUUUUUGUAAAAAUGCAAAUUCAUUCAUAUUUUCUUUUGAUUUUGUUUUUUAUGUACAAAAUGCAAAUUCAUCCAUAUUUUCUUCCGAUUUUAUGUUUUCUUUGUACAAAAUGCAAAUUCAUCCAUAUUUUCUUCCGAUUUUAUGUUCUUUUGUACAAAAUGCAAAUAUUCUUUCAUAUUUUUUUGUACUUCCGAUUUUCUAUUCUUUUGUACAAAAUGCAAAUUCUUUCAUAUUUUCUUCCGAUUUUCUAUUCUUUUUCUACAAAAUGCAAAUUCAUCCAUAUUUUCUUCCGAUUUUAUGUUCUUUUAUACAAAAUGCAAAUUGAUCCAUAUUUUCUUCCCGAUUUUAUAUUCUUUUGUACAAAAUGCAAAUUGAUCCAUAUUUUCUUCUUUAUGUUCUUUUGUAUUUUCUAUUUUUAUGUUUUUUGUACAAAAUGCAAAUUCAUCCAUAUUUUCUUCCGAUUUUAUGUUCUUUUUGUACAAAAUGCAAAUUCAUCCAUUUUUCAUAUUUUUUUUCUGAUUUUAUAUUCUUUUGUACAAAAUGCAAAUUCAUUCAUAUUUUCUUCUGAUUUUCUAUUCUUUUGUACAAAAUGCAAAUUCAUCCAUAUUUUCUUCCGAUUUUAUGUUCUUUUGUACAAAAUGCAAAUUCUUUCAUAUUUUCUUCUGAUUUUAUCUUCUUUUGUACAAAAUGCAAAUUUUUUCAUAUUUUCUUCCGAUUUUCUAUUCUUUUGUACAAAAUGCAAAUUCUUUCAUAUUUUCUUCCGAUUUUCUAUUCUUUUGUACAAAAUGCAAAUUCAUUCAUAUUUUCUUUUGAUUUUGUUUUUUUUUGUACAAAAUGCAAAUUGA